UCAGUGUGCUAGGGAGAAAGACAUACCAGGCAGGCAGCCACCCGAACAUCAGAACUCAGCUGUCACAGACUCUGGCAGCGGGCUUCAGCUCUGCAGGAGAACGGAGUAAUGGCUGAGAUCUCCCCUGAUGUCCUCUGCCAACCAGAUGACACACUGGGAAGGGACACUGCUGUCCAGGAAAACCAAAACAACAGGACACCAGUGGACAAUCUAGCACUGACCUCCACCAACACUGACUUCGCCUUCAGCCUCUACAAGGAGUUGGCUUUAAAUAAUCCAGAUAAAAAUGUCGUCUUUUCUCCAUUCAGCAUCUCAACAGCCUUGGCCAUCCUGUCACUUGGAGCAAGGAACAAAACCCUGGAAGAGAUUCUGGAAGGUCUCAAGUUCAGUCUCACAGAGACCCCUGAGGCAGCCAUCCACCAGGGUUUUGGGCAUCUACUCCACAUGCUCAGCCAGCCAGGUGACCAGGUGCAGAUCAGAACAGGUAGUGCCAUGUUUAUUGAAAAGCGCCUACAGAUCCUGGCAGAGUUCAAGGAGAAGGCAAGGGCACUGUACCAGGCUGAGGCCUCCAUGAUUGACUUUCAGCAGCCUCAUAAAGCCAAACAACUCAUCAAUGAUUAUGUAAGGAAAGAGACCCAGGGGAAAAUCAAGGAACUGAUCUCGGACCUGGAUGAGAAAACAAUAAUGGUGCUGGUGAAUUACAUCUACUUUAAAGGGAAAUGGAACAGACCAUUUGAUCCUCGUAACACAUUUGAGUCUGAAUUCUACUUGGACAAGAAGAGAUCUGUGAAGGUGCCCAUGAUGCACCAUACAUUUCUGACCACACCCUACUUCCGGGAUGAGGAUCUGAACUGCUCUGUGGUGGAGCUGAAGUACACAGGCAAUGCCAGUGCCCUGUUCAUCCUCCCUGAUGAGGGCAGGAUGCAGCAGUUGGAAGCCAGCUUGCAACCAGAGACCCUGAAGAAGUGGAAGGACUCCCUGAGUCCCAGGAUGAUCGAUGAUCUCUACAUGCCCAAGUUCUCUAUCUCCACUGACUACAGCCUGGAGAACAUCCUUCCACAGUUGGGCAUCAGGGAAGUCUUCUCCAUGCUGGCUGACCUGUCUGGGAUCACAGGAGCCAAGGAGCUGAGAGUCUCUCAGGUGGUCCACAAGGCUGUGCUGGACGUGGCUGAGACAGGCACAGAAGCAGCUGCUGCCACAGAAAUCGAAGAGGUCUAUUUAAGUUCAAGAUUUAAAUCUAUCACAGUACGAUUCAACAGGCCAUUCCUGAUGUUUGUCUCUGAAACAAAUACUCAGACAACCCUCUUUCUGGCCAAAAUCUCCAACCCCAAGUAAGGCUAGAGCUUCCCAAGUGGAGAGGCUUCUGCCCAGGAGCCCAGGAGGGAGCCUGCAUGUGGGUGUGUACAUCCUGCACUCCGUGCUCUGAUUGGCUUUGUAUACCUGGCUUGGACAGUGACCUUGACUAACUCUAUGACUCCUAUGCUGUGGGAUGUUCUGUAUGGCAAAUGUGUUGCUCUGAUUGGUCAAUAAAGAAAAUACUGAUUGGCCAGUG